UCCAUUGUCAGUUGAUCCGUACCAUGCAAGUGGUGUUGAUGAAAUCAUAUUUUUAAGUGUUAUUUGAUAUAAUGUAGGCGUAAAUAGUCAACACAAGUGAUAUUUAUACAUUACCAUAACUUCUGUGGUACUGUCAAGUUUAUUUAACGUUUAAUUGUCGCCUUGACAGGUCCAUGCGCAAUGUUUGUGUUAGUGGAAAUGAAGGAUACAGUUCGAAUACAACCAUGGCUGUUCAAAUUAGACCCUAAUGAGGCAAUUAUCAAUGAACUCAACAAAAAAUUUGCAAACAAGGUUGUACAUAAUGUAGGACUUUGUAUUGCAUUGUGGGAUAUUCAGAAAAUGGAAGAAAGUUUUAUAUUUCCAGGAGAUGGCGCUCAUCAUACCAUAGUUCAGUUCCGAUAUGUUGUGUUCCGUCCAUUUGUAGACGAGAUUUUGCUGGGCAAGAUAAAGUCAUGUAGUAAAGAAGGAGUCUGUGUAUCUAUGGGAUUUUUUGAUGACAUACUGAUCCCUGCUGAUUCCAUGCAAGAUCCUACAAGAUUUGAUGAGAAUGAACAGCUAUGGGCGUGGGAGUAUCAGAUGGAGGAUGGUAAACAUGACUUAUUUAUGGACAUUGGAGAAGAAAUCAGGUUUCGUGUAGUAGAUAACACUUUUGUUGACACAACUCCAGUAGGCCCAGAGAAUGUCAGUAAAGAUUCUGAUGUAACAGAACAUGAAGUGAAAAAAUCACCAUACACAAUCACAGCAUCUACAAGUGAACCAGGGUUAGGUCUUUUAUCAUGGUGGAACUCUUGACAACACAACUACUCAUUUAUUGUUAUUAUUUUGUGUUCAUAAAUUGACUGUUAACACUAUUAUAAAGACACUUCAAAAAGAGGCUGAUUAAAGUGUCAAUCAUGUUUUGCAUGGGAAGUUACAAGAGCACAAAAUCACCCAUAAGAUUAUUAUAAAAGGUCUGAUCAAUUAUAGACUGUCUUUGAUGACAUAUUCCUUGUUCUUCAAAACUGUAUUUAUACAUGUAAUCUAAGUCACUGUUUAAAUGUACAAGACCUGGAGAGAUAUUUAUUGUGUGUAGUGUAUAUAUUUAGAGAUAUGAUCAGCAAUGUUAAUGGGUGUCAUUCUAAAAUCUUAUAUACAUUGUAUAAGUUUUAAGAAGUUAAAAAUUUCAGUGUUCAUAUUUACACUGAAAGAUAUUUUUCUUUAUUCUUAGAUAAAAUAAACUCUUAUUUAGUUAACCUGCCAGGGCCUAAAUAGAUUUAACCUCUACAUGUAUGUGCAGCACGAGCAGGCUCUACUUUGUUCAUUAUCUUACUUCAAAUUUCUAUCCUGUUCUCCCCAAAAUUGAUAAUGGACAGUUCCAAAAAUAGUGACUGGACAAGUCCAUUUGAAAAAAAUCAGCAUGAUAAGGGUUUAUAUAGUUUCAAACAUCAGUGAAAUACCUUUAUCUUGCAAGACAACGUCAAAUACGCAAAAAUUAUUUCUAGGUUUUUGUGUCUGCAUAUUUUUUCUCCUUUUUUCUCAAAAUUUAUUUCAACAGUAAGUACAAUAAAAGACAUUUUGAUAGACCACUUUUUUGUUGCACAUGUAGAUGAAAAUUUAUUUAUUUGUUAAUGAUUAUGUGUAAUAGAAUAAAAAUAAG